GCGCGACGAGAGCGGAUUUUGAUUGCGUCCCUGCUUCGUUCGUGGAGACGCCCGCUCUUGAGCUAGCAGCGGAUCUCAAGAAGCUUUUGUUUGGCGACAAGCUUGCUGACCUGCUCUCGCACACGAUGCUCAUGACGCAAAAAGCGGAAGAAACCGGAUGUGCAGCCAUUCUUCCGAAGGUGGGGCCUUUCAUUCUGCAGAGCCUGUGUCCGAUCGAAGUCACUCCGUUGCGCACCGCCUUAGAGGUCGAGUUCAAAGACAACACAAUGCUGAGAACACGGGCGGCAAGGAUUGCCGACCGCUUACUUCUGCGCGGGUUCUUCACGAAUCAAGCUGCAGUUGGCACUAAAGACGAAGACGGCAUUCUUCAGGUGGAGAUCUUCCGGAAUCAGGAUUCAUGCGCCAGUGAGAUUGGAGCGCGCGCAUACCGAAAAUUUUUGAAACAAAGCUCUGACGCAGACUUGGAGCACACAGGGUUUGUCUCGUCGCGUGAUGCGCAGGAAGAAGCUGCUCAUGAGGACAUGCUCCUAGUGCGUGUAGACAUCGUCCCCCGACAGAGUCAACCUUCCCGGUCCGAUGAUGCAGCCAUCGCGCGGUCCAAGAGUGUAACCACCGUUCGUGUGCCACCGUCAAACUUGCGACCAGUGUGGAGGGUCGCGCCCUUGACGCAGCAUCUCUCCCUCGAGCAAAUGAAGAAGGCUAGCAAGGAACGCAGUGAAAAGCUGCAGGAGAAGAUCAAGAGAAGCUUCAGCACCUGCUCCACCCUGAGCAACGACCGCGCGCACUCCAACCCGCCCUGUAUAGAUGGGCAGAAUGAGGUAAACAAAGCGGACCAGAACUACCGCCACCGAGGACAGACGGCGGAGCUGGCCUGCGGCGACGAAUCAAUCACGAAAGAAUUUGCGGACCUACUAAACGCAGAGCCGCUGGCAAAGAGGUUUGUGGCAUUGCUGGCUUCCGGUGGUUUUCGUGUUGGAGAGCAUGUCACGGAGGAGCUCGUUCCAGUGUUGAAGAAGCUAACACCACUUUUUCGAGUGCUUCGCAAAUCUCCCACGGGCGAGUUCGCCGAGUUGGUGACCCGUUUGGAGGGCCUUUGCGCGUUGGCCGAUAAACACGGCCCGAAGUUCCACCUGGUCCGCCGAGAGCUCUAUGAACCACUUCCGUACAUUGGAACAGCCGUGUUCCAGCAGAAGCGACCACUGCUCACCAAAGAGAACCUCCGCAUAUUGCGAGAGCUGAUUCAGACGGUUGGAAGGGCAGUACGGGCACGACGCUUGGAUGGGUCGAACGAGCCGGUGAGCUUGAUCGAGGAUGUGAAAGACCUCGAAUACACGCUCUAUGGAACGCAUCCUGACGACGACGUGGUGGAGGAAAACGACAAAGGAAGCGCCACGCCAUCAUCGUCGUGUGCCGAAGUAGUGAGAGCGUGGUCCAGCAGUACAGGUGAAAGUCCUUGGGCAAGGGGGAAUUCGUCUGCUGUGCGAAACGAGUCUUGCGUUGAGGUUGACCCAGGAGAACUAGAAAACAUCGCGAACUUGUUCGGAGACGGUGGCUCCUCGUCCUCUCUAACAGCCGAAGAACUUGCAGAUGCAGGACCACCUCCAACACCAACAGCAAUGGCCACGAGAGGUGAACUCACAUCAACAUCUGAAAUAGCCGGCUCGCUUAGAAGCACCUUUAAUCCUUGUACGAGAACAACAACUACACCGACGCAACUGGACCAGGAUGCAGCGACAGUAGCGGAAGUGAAGGCUGCGGAGCCGAACCUUUCAAACAGGGAACUCGCGAAAAAGCUAGGCUUCUCUGAUGGAAAGUUUAAGAGAGUCUUGAAACACGCACGAGAGACCGGGCUUUGUCUUCCUCCACAUACUAGCGGCAAGAGUUCUGCAGCAAUGGUGAAUAGCCAAGCCUGCAGCGCAGGCUGCGAUCCCGAAGCAGCUGCGUUGCCCGCCGCCGAGUUGCAGGCGGCCGAGCUGACGGACAAACAGAUUCGAGCAGCGCUAGGUCCCCAAGGGGUGUGCGGGCUGAGCGGACACACCCGGCCUCGCGUUUCGGUCAAACAAGUUCGUGCAGCCGUGGGACGGGUCCGGGAGGUAUUGAGGUCCCAUCGGAAAAAGGAGCUAGAAGAGUGGAAGCAUGGACUGUCGUAUCUCUUGAACGUGUUCGCGCCGCCUGCGGGGUUCCUCAAUAGUCUGGAGGAGGAAGACGGCGUCGCCAUCAAGGCUCGCUGGCUUCACGUCGCUGGCUUGCGGAAGCAGAAGGAAAAGCUGCUGUGGUGGAUAGAGCAGGUUGCGAGCGUAGGGGCGCCCGACGACUACGACGGCGGGGACGAGAUUCACCUGGUCCACGCCACCGCGGAACAGAUUGUUAACUGGGCUCGUACGGGCGCGUUUCCACCGAAGAUUGAGGGGUACAGCGGCCUCAACAAGCAGGGCGGUGGGGAGUUCGAAAUUGAUGGUACGAGGAAAAGUUUUGAAAGCCCGCUGGCUUUUCUGUGCAGUAGGUUCGGAAAAAACUCGGACUCCGCGCCGGCAUUCGAGACCGUGGGCUUCAGUGGGUGCGAGUGCGCGCGACGGGAAUUCAGCAACCCGAUAGCACCGCCGAAUGUUGCGGGUCUGGACGUCGCUCUUGCAAGCGGCGACGUCGCCGUGACGGCACAGUUCGCAUACGUCCCCCGCGAAACGCCGAGUGGAGUGGAAGUCCACCUAGUUGGCGGCUCCUACCACGCGGGCCAGUACCAGGUUUCGCAGGACCGAAAUGACAAGGCCGGGCGCGGAUUGAAUUCCAAGUUGUCGGCCAUGGAGGAAGCCGAUCUGGAGGCCAGCUCCUUGCAGUUCUUAGCCAAUCGCAUUGCCGGACUUUCUCAUCCGCUCUGCCGGGAACGAGCUUCGAUAGAGUUGGCAAAGCUGCUGAAGGAUCUGCUCGUACCAGAGUCCGACGAUGAAAAAUUCGGCGAGACGCACUACAACCACGCGUGGACGCGGGAGCUGUGGAACGUCGGCGGUCUCGCAAUCCAUGGGGACGAGGACGCAAAGAAGCGCGUGAAGGAGCUGGGGCGGAUGAUGGAUGCACGCGGCGGAAUUCGGGCCAUGCGUCUGCACUACACGGCCCUGCGCAUAUACACCACGUAUGAGGACAUGGGUGGUUUCUCGGCUCUCGAAGACGAAAACUGGGCCAGACUCGUGGCGGAAAGCUUUGGCUUCUUCGCCUACUCCGAGUUGGUCGGAUGUCUGUGGAACGGGAUUGGGCAGUGGCAGAAGCAGAAUUAAGAUAAUAUAGCAAUAAGGAAUAGUUCAACUUGAUGAAGCUGAGGCAACAUCAAGCAGCAAAAUCAUGACGUACUUUCUCCUUCUGCGGGUAUGAUAGGGUUAAGGUUUAGACUAGGUAGAGGUUCAGGUUGAUCAUUCCAACGUCGCGUUUCAUCAGCACACUUUCCUAUGUGCAGCUACGAGUUGCAACGUUCACCAUAAGUUUAAAGUAUAGAGUAACUUUGUGUCUGCGAAGUACUUACUUAGAACUGAAGAUGCAACAGGACGCGCUGAAUAAGCGAUGUCCUUGAAUAGAUUAAGAAUAAGAUUAUGUGACACAUAAUACGUUCGUGUUAAACAGAUAUACGAGGAGAUUUUUAUUGCUUAUUUCAUCGUCCGUUUCCACUUCCAGCUCCAGGUGCAAGUGCAAUUUUUGCUCAGCCGACAUGGUGUGUAAUUAAAGUAAACGAAAUCUAUUGAAAAAGAUGGUCACUUUUUUACAAGGCCGCAGCUUAUGUCGCGUAGUGGGAGGGUGAACGAGUGGACAGGGGGGAAAGAAAAACGCCAGAGGAUGGGCAAGGGAAAGGGUUUCUGAAGCAGGGCGGGGCCAAGCAUCUGCGCCACUUCUUGUUGAAAGAACCAAGGCGGAGCGUCUUGGCGCCCGUGGUUCCCGUCGUUGUGCGAGCGCGAGGACCCCGCCCGCAUUGGAAG